ACUGAUUACACAUUGUCAGGCUAUCCCGUUCAAUAUUUUUCCACCAACCACACCAUCAUCUUUCUCAGAAUCUUCUCAUGAUUCCAAUGCCACCACACCCAUUGUCAAAGGGCCUCUCACGCGUCGCCUCCAUCGCCGCACAUUACUGUCUUUUGUUGCCACUCGCCAACGCGCCUCCGCGCGCUUCUCUGUGAUCGUUGACAUCAACCCUCAACCACUGCUCCACGCCAACCGCCGCUUCACGCCAAGCAGAGAUGCAGAUGAUUUGAUAAUCAGAAGGUUUCUCCGGGCCCGUGAUCUAGACAUAGAAAAGGCUUCAGCAAUGUUCCUCAAGUACUUGAAAUGGAGAAGAACAUUUGUACCGAAUGGAUUCAUAUCCGCUUUAGAGAUCCAAAACGACUUAGCACAAAACAAAAUGUUUCUUCAAGGAAUGGAUAAAAAGGGACGUCCCAUAACAGUUGCCUUUGGUGGUAGACAUUUUCACAACAAAGAAGGUUUGGAGAAGUUCAAACGUUUCACAGUCUUUGCGCUUGAGAAAUUGUGUUCAAGGAUGCCAGCAGGACAGGAGAAGUUUGUUGUUAUCGGCGAUCUUGAGGGAUGGGGAUAUGCAAACAGCGACAUUCGCGCAUACCUGGGAGCUCUAUCCAUUUUGCAGGACUACUAUCCAGAAAGACUUGGGAAGUUAUUUAUCGUUCAUGCGCCUUACAUAUUUAUGGCAGUGUGGAAGAUUGUAUAUCCAUUUAUCGAUGACAAUACUAAGAAGAAGAUCGUGUUUGUGGAGAACAAGAAACUGAAGUCGACUCUGCUACAAGACAUUGAUGAGAGCCAGAUUCCGGAGAUUUAUGGAGGCAAACUGCCAUUGGCUCCUAUCCAAGACAGCUAAUUAGCAAUAUUUAAUGGAAUAAAUUAGUCUUCACAGAACCAAUCAUGCACUAGCGGUAAGUAGUUGCUAUGUUGCAUUUCGAAGGUCAUGAUUUGUUUGACCUGUCUUGUGUUGUACAAAAACCUUGAUGAGUCUGUUUUUGAGUUUCCAAGAAGGAAUUAUCUACUGUGUUAAACGAACAAUGUAGUAUCUAUUUAAUUGUUCAAUGGUAUAACAAAGAAGAAUUGUUGUAA